AUGUCUCCAUUACAUUGGGCCUGUAUUGGAGGACAUAAAGAUAUAGUAGAAGUGUUACUACAGAACAAGGCAGAUGUUUCUCAGUGUGAUGGGUUGGAUGAGUCUCCAUUGUAUGUUGCCUGUGAAGAAGGACAUACAGAUAUAGUAGAACUGUUACUCCAGAAAAAGUUUUACGUGAAUAAGAGUGAUGUAUUAUGGGGGUCUCCGUUGCAUGUAGCAUGCAAAGGAGGAUAUAAAGAUAUAGUAGGACUGUUACUGCAGAGCAAUGCUGUUGUCAAUCAGUGUGAUUGGGAUGGUGAUUCUCCAUUGUAUGUGGCCUGUACAGGAGGAUAUAAAGGUAUAGCAAAACUGUUACUUCAGAACAAGGCUGACGUCAAUCAGUUUAAUAGGAAUCGUAAGUCUUCAUUGAGUGUAGCCUGUGGAGGAGGAUAUCAAGCUAUUGUAGAUCUGUUACUUCAGAACAAAGCUGGCGUCAAUACGAGUGAUGAGUUGGGUCAGUCUUCAUUGUUUGAAGCCUGUACCGGAGGAAAUAAAGAUAUAGUAGAAGUGUUACUUCAGAACAAGGCUGACGUCAAUCAGUGUAAUAAGUAUGGUCAGUCUUCAUUGUUUAAAGCCUGUGGAAGACGACAUGAAGAUAUAGUAGAACUGUUACUUCAGAACAAUGCUAAAGUCAAUCAGUGUGAUAAGGAUGGUGAGUCUCCAUUGUAUCUGGCCUGUCAAGGAGGAUAUAACGAUAAAGUAGAACUGUUACUUCAGAACAAGGCUGACGUCAAUCAGUGUGAUAAGGAUGGUGAGUCUCCAUUGUAUCUGGCCUGUCAAGGAGGAUAUAACGAUAUAUUAGAACUGUUACUUCAGAACAAGGCUGACGUCAAUCAGUGUAAUGUGCGGGGUAUGUUUCCAUUGUUAUACCCUUUAUAUAGAGGACAUAAAGAUAUAGUAGAACUGUUACUUCAGAACAAGGCUGACCUCAAUCAGUGUAAUAUGUGGGAUCAGUCUCUAUUGUUAUAUUCUUGUAAUAGAGGACAAAAAAAUAUAGUAGAACUGUUUCUUCAAAACAAUGCUGACGUCAAUCAGUGUAAUGAGGAUGGGGAGUCUCUAUUAUAUAUGGCCUGUAGAGGAGGACAUAAAGAUAUAGUUGAACUGUUACUGCAGACUAAUGAUGAUGUCCAUCAGUGUAAUAAGAAUGGUAAGUCUCUACUGUUUAUAGCCUGUGAAAAAGGACAUAAAGAUACAGUAGAACUGCUACUUCAGAAUAAAGCUGAUGUUUUGCAGUGUAACAUAAACAAAGAGUCUUCACUGCAUGUGGCCUCUGUAGGAGGACAUACAGAUACAAUAGAUGUGUUACUGCAGAAUAAUGCUGACGUCAAACAGUAUAAUAAUCGUGUUGAGUCUUCAUUGUUUAUUGCAUGUACAGGAGGACAUACAGAUACAGUUGAACUGUUACUUCAGAACAAUGCUGACCUCUCUCAGUGUGAUUAUAUAGAAAAGCUAUAA